CUUCCGAUGACGUCAUUUCUCCCCGCGUGAACGCUAGUACACGUGAGGAAAAUCGAAGCGUCCAAAACAAUUAACUUUUCUUGGUUGUUUGGAAAGAUUUGCCCUCUUUAUGGUUAUAGCCGUAAACACGAUGGAGUCUGCAGAAGAGGAGUCGCUUCUCGGCCUGGAUUCAGAGGAAGAAGGCAGCGAGUUAUCGGAUGGAGAGCUUCAGGAAGCCUUCACCAAAGGGUUGCUGAAACCUGGAAUGAACGUUCUGGUGGAUAAAUCUAAGAAAUUGGUAAACAAUGUGGAGGGGUUAAAAGAGUGUCUUGCUGACUUCCGGAAAGACCUCUCCUGGGUGGAAAGGUUAGACCUCAGCACUCUUCCAGUCUUAUCCCAAGUGGAAGGGAAAGUUCCUGCUGAGAUAAAUGGAGGACCGGAUGCAGAGGAUGAUUUCCAGAGGGAGAUGUUCUUUUACCGUCAAGCUCAAGCCACAGUCCUGGAGGCCCUCCCUCUCCUGAGGAAGCAUGACAUAAACACCAGAAGGCCUGAUGAUUACUUUGCAGAAAUGGCCAAGUCCGAUCAGCACAUGCAGAAGAUCAGGCAGAAGCUGACCGCAAAGCAGAUGAUUUUGGAAAAGUCUGAAAAGGCCAAGAAACUGCGGGAGCAACGGAAAUUUGGCAAAAAGGUCCAAAUAGAGGUGAUCCAGAAGAGACAGAAGGAGAAGAAGGCUAUGAUGUCUGCUGUAAAGAAAUACCAGAAAGGAAUGUCAGAUAAACUGGACUUUUUGGAAGGAGACCAGAAGAUGGGUAAUAAUUCUUCAGGAGGUCCCAGUAAAGCAGUGAACAAAAAAGGCCCCAGUGCUAAGCGGAAAUACAAGGACCAAAAGUUUGGUUUUGGAGGCAAAAAGAGCGGGAAGAAGUGGAACACCAAGGAGAGCUACAACGAUGUUUCUGGUUUCAAAGCCAGAGUGGCGCACGCCAAGGGAGGAAAGAAGGGCAAACAAGGAAAACAAAACAAACGUCCCGGCAAAUCUGUGCGCAAGAAGAUGAAAGGCCGCUCGUAAACACCGGCUGGACCUGGACUGUGGUUCUGAUCGGAACCUUUUUCUGUCUUUCCAGAGAGACUUGAUGGAGACUCACUCAUGUGGACUCGUAUGGAAGAUUCAAACCGCAAAGAGACACAAAAAAAACCCACAGAGUGAACUGCUUAGAGAUAUUUUAGAACUGUUUUAAUCAUCAGUGACGGUGUCUCAGCAUUUUCAAUACUCAAAGCUCAUCGGUAUCUGAAUAAACCUCAGCUGUGAUGCUACAUUCUCCAAA